UCACUCGCCGUUCCCACAAUGCCCUGGUAACACGCAUGCGCGGUGGCCACUCCCGCUCGGCUCACACAGCGAUCUCCAUCAAAGAUGGCGGGAGCCUCCGACCCUCUGGAAGACAUGCUGUUCUCGGAGGUGGACGAGAAAGCCGUCAGCGACCUGGUGGGCUCGCUGGAGUCGCAGCUGGGCGGCCGGAGCGACCCGGUGACUGCGGCGGCCUCGUCGGUGUCGGGCACAGCAUCCUCGGGAGCGGCGCGCGGAGGCGGCGGCGGCGCGAACCACCGCUUGGCGCGAGCGCUGCCUGCGCGAACGGGCAGCAGCAGCACAUCCGAGCAACAACAACAACAGCAGCUUCAGCAGCGGAAAAACGGGACUAACCGGGACUCGGACAGCGGCGGGAGACCGGAGAGAGAGGAGAAACCGGACAGCUCGAGCUCCGAGAGCGGCGGGAGAGCGAGCGUUAGCGCGAGCAGCCGCUGCAUCAGCAGCAGCAGCACGAGCACCAGCAGCAGCACCCCGACCGGGUCCGUAUCCGAGGGCAGCUUGCUAACGGGAACUUCUGCCCCGGUCAGCGGCAGCAGCGGAGGAGGAGGAGGUAACGGAGGAAGCGGGCCCGGCAACGGUAACACGCGCAAAGCAAAACAGCACGUCUCGUGCGCGACCGUGCGGACCAGGCGCUCCGGAGCCCAGAGUGUGAACGGGGACGGUGUUGGAGGAGCGCUCGCGACCACAGCCAGCUCUCCGGUGAAGAGCAGCACGAGCAGCAGCAGCAACAACAACAACACCACAGCAUCCACUACGAACACCACCGCUACCACCACCUCCACCUUCAACACCUCCACUAGCAGCAUCAGCGCUCCUGCAGCUGCUGUCACCGUCUCCUUAACGACGGGGUCCAGCUGCGCAACGGUAACAACAGCAGCAGCAGCAGCAGCAGCAGCAGCGACCACCACGGCGGCGGCGGCAGCGUCCAUCGCGCUGGACCGGGGAACUCCCACCAUCGCGCUGCACCGGCUCCCGAGCCACAUCGUCGCCAGUCUCGCGCAGAACCGCAACGGCACCACCGUGUCUGCGCUCGUGCAGCAGGGCGCGCUGAGUCCCGGCGUGAGCCCGCAGGUGAACCACGACAAAACCGCGGCAAAGUCCCCCGCCGGUCAGUCUCCCGGUGGCGACGAAGCAGCAGCAGCAGCAGGUAAACCCGGCGCCGUGAUGGUGAUCCCCAGCGCUGGGGACCCCAGCCCUAAGCCCUCCACAAUAACAACAACAGCCACAGUCACAGCCUCGUCCGUAGCCGUAGCUGUCCCCGUCCCGACCCACAACUCCGCACCCAGCUCCACUGCGCCCCUCAGCACGACUGCAGCCGUCACCCUCGCACCGGCUCCCGCAGCACCACCACCACCGGCCACGGUCCCCGCCACCGCCGCCACGGUGAGGCUCGCCCCGCCAGCCAGCGUUGCUGCGCUGCAGCCUCCGCAGGCUCGAGCCGCGCUCACAGCCCCACAGCGGAUCGUGGCCCCGCAGCUGAUCGUCAGAGCUCCGCAGCAGCAGACCACCAUCCAGCUGCCUCCCGGCUUCACUAUCCCGCCCGGGAUGGUUUUGGUGCGAACGGAACUUGGGCAACUGGUGAUGGUUCCUCAGCAGGCGCUGGCUCAAGCUCAGGCACAAGCUCAGGCUCAGGCUCAAGUUCAAGCCCAAGUUCAAGCUCAAGUUCAGGCCCAGAGUAACCUGUCUCCACGGCCAGCAACCCCAACCACUGGAGCCACCUUCAGAGUCGCCACACCACAGUCUCCUGUUUCAUGUCAGGCCCCUCGGGCCGUUCCUGCGCUCCAGUGUAAAGUGGCUCAGUCUCCCACCCCGAGUCCUGCUCCUCAGACCUCUACUGCUGCUUCUGCUGCCCUCACUAGGGCGCCGUUGGCAGCGGCGGCCGUGGCGGUGACGGCUCCCCAGCAGGUCCCUGCAGCUAUGGGCCCCCAGGGGCCCCACGGUCAGCCCACGCUGGCCCCUCCCAGCGCAGCCGGCCCCGCCCCUGGAGCGCCUGUCAUCUCCCAGGAAAUGCAGGAGAACGUGAAAAAGUGUAAGAACUUUCUGGCAACGCUAAUCAAACUGGCGUCCCAUAAUUCCCCCUCCCCGGAGACGUCCCGGAACGUGAAGUCGCUGGUGCAGGACCUGCUGGAUGCCAAAAUCGAGCCAGAGGAGUUCACUAACCGACUGCAAUCUGAGCUAAAAUCAUCACCUCAGCCUUACCUGGUCCCUUUUCUAAAGAAAAGUCUGCCGGCCUUGCGGCUGUCUCUGUUGAACAGCCAGCAGUCCCUCACCCAGCCUGUACAACCUGCCAAAACCAGCAUCACCCCAACCGGAGCUGUCGCCGGGACCGCUGCCACGGGCAACGCUAUACGGCAACCUAACAGCACAACUGUGCUGCCGCAAGGCAUUAAAAGACCAGGUGUUGCAGGGCAAGGGCAAAUCCGGAUGCCCGUAGUUGUCACACAGACAGUGCGGCCAGCAGGUGCUGUAGGAAAAGUUCAGCCAAUCCAGACGAGUAAAUGUCCCACAGCGCUCCCCGUCCAGCUCUCAGGAACCCAGAAGAACAAAGUCAACGACCCUGGGGGAGGCUCCUUCAGGGAUGACGACGACAUCAACGAUGUGGCUUCUAUGGCUGGGGUCAACCUGAAUGAAGAGAGUGCCCGUAUCUUAGCAACCAACUCGGAGCUGGUGGGAACGCAGAUCAGAUCGUGUAAAGACGAGGCCUUCCUGCCUACGGGUCUGCUGCACCGGCGCAUCCUGGAAACAGCUAAGAAGUACGGAGUGACGGAGGUGCCUCUGGAGGCAGUAAACUUCAUCUCACACGCCACGCAGUCACGGUUACGGACAGUGCUGGAGAAGGUCACAUCCAUCGCCCAGCACAGGAUGGACUCCAACAAGGAUGAGGAGUGGUAUGAGCAGUCGUCGGACGUUCGCUCUCAGCUGAAGUUCUUUGAGCAGCUGGAACGGCUGGAGAAACAGAGGAAGGACGAGCAGGAGAGGGAGAUUCUCCUCAAAGCAGCUAAAAGUCGCUCGAGGCAGGAGGACCCAGAGCAGGCUCGUUUGAAGCAGAAGGCAAAAGAGAUGCAGCAGCAGGAACUGGCUCAAAUGAGACAGAGAGACGCUAACCUGACGGCUCUGGCUGCCAUCGGCCCGCGGAAGAAGCGCAAGGUGGACUCACCGGGGGCAACAACGUCGGGCACUGAGGUGUCUGGAAGUUCUGCAGGUUCUCCAGCUUCUUCGUCCACAGUUUCCACGUCCUCACGGCAGUACCCUCGCCAGCGAAUCACACGCGUCAACCUCAGGGACUUCAUCUUUUACAUGGAGCAAGAACGAGAGACGAACAGAUCGCUCUUACUCUACCGAGCUCUGCUGAAGUAGCUAACGUCAACGAUGCUAACACUAACUGAAAGAUGCCGAAAAACCACGGUAACAAAGAAAAAAAACACAGAACAACACGGAAUCGGUAGCCAAACAGUGAACACUCACCGCACCCAGCAAUCUCAAGCUUCCUAUAGCACCCUGCAAUGUGCCUUCAGCGACGUUUUCUCUUUUCUGCUCUCUCUGUGUCUGUCGUGAUGUCCAUGUGGCUUUUUUAUUCAAAUGGAAAAAUCUGAAGUGAAAAUUGUGGGGAAAAAAUGUUUUUCAUGUUUUUAUUUUGUUGUUUACGUAUUUUUUUAAUCUUCAUCGUUAUUUGAAAAGCAAAAAUUUAUUUAACUUAAAUACUGUGUAAAAAAGGGGUUGGAGGAAGAGUAGGGUGUCCUUUCAACAUGAAAUUUGAAUUUUGUGUUUUUAUGUUUUUAAUGCACUCACAUUUGGAUGAGUCUGAGCCCUGAGCCCAAUCUUGUUGAUGUCUUUGGUCUUUGGAAUAGCUGUAUAUUUGACGUAUGUAGCGCUUAUAGUGAACGAUCUUUGAGACGAAAUGCCUUGAAGUGAUUUGUGUAUAUUGUUUUUUGCAAAAACAAUUUUUUUCUCGAAGAUUUUAUGCAGCCCUAAAUUAAUUAUGUCCAACCAAUUCAGAAUCGUUAAAAUCCCAGCCCAGUCAGCAUUUAUGUACUGAAAUAUGUUCACAGAUUACUGCAAAACUUUACUGAUUCCACCCGGAUGUAAAUAGUUUAUUUUAACUUUUUUUUAAAUAAUUUAAUCAGCAUGUAAAAUGUUUUCCGCGCAGCUAAAUAAUGUUUAAACAAUUUGUCUGUACCAAUGCUCAAAGUAUUCUUUCAAAAACAAGUGCAUUUCAAUUUAUUACAGUGAUAUUCCAUUUUAUUUUUAUUAUACAUCCAUAAAAAAAAACUGCACAUUCAGUUCUCCAGAAACAGGUCAGUCAGUCAGCAAACCAGCAGGUCAAGAAUAUAGCAAUACAUUCACCAUGAACCAUUUUCAUAUCUCUGUCUCUCACUUCUUUUAUCAUGUUCUUCAAAACUUCUGCAACUUUUAUGGCGCUCAGUUUUUUUUUUUUUUUUUUAUAGUUCACGAUUGCAUUUUUUAUCCAAAUGAGUUAAACAUGAUUCAUGUAGCUGUAGAUUUAUACAUUUAUCCACAGUGAUGGAGGAACUGAAGUCGUGAUGUUAAUCUGUAGACAUUGUGCAUUUUUCUCAUAUUUAGGAAGUGUGAGUGUGAGCUGGAGUUCUGUAUGAGAGAAAACACUAAAAUUAAAUUAAAUAAAGUUGUUAGUAACACUGCUGCACACUGAUAAACUAUGGGGUUAAGAAAGAAGCUAGAACAUCAGAUCUGAUGUUUCGAUAUCGAGCUUUGUGAUAUUGAUCUUGAUCUUUAAGAUAAUAAUACUGUGCAGUUAAGAAGCUCAUCUGAGCCUCAAGCCUUGUAACUAGGGGAAUUGGGUGUCUGUCAUCUGCCUCUCAUCUGUAAUUGUUGUAUUUAUGAGUCAAUGAUCUGUGUACAAAUGACCAGUGGACACUCAGGAGAUCAGUAAAGUCAUUCCAUAAUUAUACAAUCAACAAGUAUUAACAAGUAUGCUUGCUAAAAACUUAUUUUUUGCCUUAUAAGGCGCACUAUAUUAUAAGGCGCACAAUCAAUAACCUUCUAGUUCCUGGUCUAUUUUCAUUGUAUUAUUAGGCGACACAGUAUUGUUAGGUGAUACUAGUAAGGAACAGGGGUGUCGCCAUGUUUUCCUUUUAAUUCAGCAGGUCUGGGAGAAGGUAAAGCUAAGCUUAAUAAACAAAAUUGUAAUUCUUAAAAAAAAAUGUGCUUUCAAAGUCAAACUAGUGCUGAAAACUGUUUAUUUGGGUGAGUAAAGCGCUUCUGUUUAUUUACAGUAAGCUUAGAUUUCCAGAUUUCCACAAAGACUGGGUGCAGCAGUGGUUACUAGCUGUAGUUAGCGCUAGUAAAUGCCUCCUACAGGCCAAUAAUACUCACCUUUGAACGUAAAAAGAGCUAGCGCUUAGCAUGAUUAGCAGCUGAUGCUAAUACUAAACUGAAACUCCUUUAUGAUGCUGUACUUCAGCAGCAUGGCAUUAUUGCUCCUUAAUACGUGACUGGUAAAAUUCAUACAUAAGAUGCACCGGAUUAUAAGGUACACUGUUGAUUUUUGGGAAAAUUAAAGUAUUAAGUGGCCUUAUAGUGCGAAAAAUAUGAUACGUCCUAAGUAAUUUGAUGGAUAUGCAAAUCCACCAAUCACAGAUGAGAUGCAGAUAAUAUAGAUUUAGAGAGACAGAGAAAGGCAAAAUAUGAAUUUCUCAAAUGAACUGUUUUGUCGCAAAUGAUGUUGACUGUAGUACAGUACACUUUGUAAUGUAGUUUUUGGCUUAUGUGUGCAGGACUGAUUUCAUAUUCGGACACCUUAAUUACCUUAUUUUCAUAAUUGAGCCCUUCCAACAAAUAACCAUAUAUCAGAACCAGAAAUCAAUUGUGUCCUUUAUUUACACUUACAUUUCAUCAUUCCUGAAGGCACUUAAAAUAACCAGUUUCUACCAAAAGGAAAAACAGCUCCCAAUACAGUACCAUUCAAAAGUUUGGACACACCUCUUCUCAUGUAACGUGUUUUCUUCUGUUUUAUGAUUUUUUGCUUGUUCAAUUUAAUAUUGAAGACUAUACUAAAGCUAUACAGGAACACAUGCAGAAUUAUUCUAUAAACAAAAAGUGUUAAAAAACAGUAUAUGUUUUAUACUUUAGAUUCUUCUAAGUGUCACAUUUAUCUUUGAGGACAGAUCUGCACACUCUUGGUAUUUUAAUCUCAGUGUCUUCAUUAGUGAGAGUCACCUGAAAUAGUUUUCUCAGCAUCCUGUUUUACUGUGAUAUUAAUCUAAAUUGUAGAAAAUGCAUUAUAUAAAGAAAAACAUUAAGUAAGGAGGUGUUUCCAAACUUUUGACUGUUACUGUAUUGUCAUUUGUUGGUAGGGCUCAGCUAAGAGAAAUUAGUGCAAUACCAGAAGUAAUAAAAAAUGAACCCUACCCCUCAUCAAUCAUACAGAAAUCCAACAGAACAGUGGUGUCUCUGAAGUGAUGUGUUUCAGUGUGAACACGGAGAACAGUCCAGUUUAUUCCUAAUCAAACCAUUACUUUCCAUAAUCUUCACCAGUGUGAGCUGAACUGAAGCUGUACAUUGCUUUACCUGUUCUGUUGCUUUAUGAACUGUCCAAUGAUGCUUUAAAACCUCAGUCAGAAUUUGCUUAACGUUAUUAUCUCCAGCUAUGCCCCGCCUUUUCUAUGCAUAUCAUUACUGUUGUGUUCAAACUUUGUACCUUUGUUUGUGGUUGUUUUGUUUUAUUAUAAAUGGACCAACCCCCUUAGAAAAACAGAAACAGGUUGUGCAUUUCUGUCUAAUUGUAAUAAUUUAUUUGAACAGAGUACCCAUAUAUUACGGUAAUCUUUUCUUUUCUUUUGGGAGAAAUCAGUUUUAUUUAUUUAUUUUAUUUUAUUUUAUUUUAUUUUGACAACUAGACAAAAUGUGCUUAAUUUAGACAAUUUUAUUCAUGAAUGCACUUAAGAGUAAUAUAAAACUAUGAAACUAAACAUUUUUGUGUAAAAAAAUAGCAUUUUUUAAUAGAGCCCUAUCUUACACUCUGCCAACAGUCUAUUUUCACGACUUGCCUCUGCAUCGUUUAAAUAGCAACAGAGUUUAGUAAUUUAUCAACGCUGAUGGAUGUGGUUUUCUGGAGGUGAGGUGUGUUCAGGUAUAUUUAAGGUGUAUUGCUAUCUUGGCAAUGGAAAACACAGGUGCGCCACUGACUGAUCAAAACCCUGACAUCAGUCAACAGUCAGAUGUUCAUUGCAUACACCCUCACUUGUUACACAAACACACACACAAGAACACACAGCAGUGCACAAACCCAACUUUUUCGUCAACAAUAAACAAAAUGCAAAAUAAAAUAACAUUUUCCUGUCAUUGUGAUAGCGAAGACACGCCCUAAAUCAAGCUGCAUGGUGCACGGCUCGCCUAUAGAUCACUUAAAUAGGGUCCAUAAUGUUUCUCAGUAUUUGCAGUGUCCAAAACACAUUCCUAACACAUUUACUUUGUUGUGAAUUUUUUUCAUGUUUUUAAAGUUUCUUAGACUCCUCUGUAUCUCAAGAUCCACAUUACUGUUCCUUCUUCGCCAAGCGCUUAGAGUUUUUAGAUGUAUAAGUUUUCAAUACAAUCUUGAUGAUAUAUUGUCAUAUAUUGUUGCAACACCAAAAAAAGCAUUGCUGCCUGAUUCUGCGGUUCUGACUGGGGUUUUAACGUCACCUCAGGUCUUUAUUAGAGUCACUUUCCUACAGAAACACAAACUGACCUGUUUCUCCUCUUUACUCACAGAACAACAGCGGCUACUUCACUCUUACAGGAACUCAGAUCUGUUCAGCUCUUUACUGUCUUCUAGAUUAGACGGUACGAGUUUUAUUUUUAUGUUUUAUGGAGGUUUGGGAUCUUACUGAUUUUAUUUUGAGGUAAAACCUGAUCUCUAAAUCUGAAUCAGUCAGAUCACGCCCUGCAGGUUCAUCUUCACACCGUGUCGUUUUCUCUCUGUGAAUUUCUCAAGCGAGUGUAGAAAUCGCUCUUAAAACCGGAGCCCCUUUGCUUCUAUGCACCUGCUGUGUUUCUGUUUUUUUUUUUUUUUUUUUUUUGUAAUUUAUAUGUCAGAAAGACAUUGUUCUAAACAGUUACUGAAUAUUUGUUUGUCUGUGUUUUGUUUUAUGUUUUUUUCUUCAUUUUUUUUAAAACAGCACUAUUUUUGUGUAUCCUAUUUUUUUAUGGCAACUAAAAACUGAACUCUGUUACUAAUGUAUAGCAAAGAUUGGCCCUGUUUAUAAACCUCUGCCAGUAUUGCCAAUAGCUGUUAAAGGGAAAUUUGUUUUGUUACUAUUUAUAUUUUGUCCUUUUUUUGUUCUUUAUUUUUGUCAUUUGCAUUCAUGCUUGCCACAUUUCAGGCAAAGCAGUUUUAUCGUAAAAAAAAAUACCAUAGGAAGAAAAAACUGUAGUAAUUUAAACAAAGCACAAAUAGAUCUAUUUGUCCAGUUAAAAAAUGAUUUUAAUAAUUAUUUUUAUGGUUUCUGAUAUCAAGCAGGACAUUUCUACUACUUCAGCUUUUUAGCCAAAAUAUUAUUAUUAUUAUUGUUAUUAUUAUUAUUAUUAUUAGGAAAGUAUUACUGAUGUAUACAGUUGGGAAAUUAAUGUUUUAAUGUAUGGAUAAUUUGUAAAUAUUGUUUACAAGACCAUGUGUUUAUUAGAACUACAUUAUUUUUGGUAAACUAUGUACAUAUCCUGUUUGUGUGAAGAACUUCUGUAUUUGUACCUAUUU